AUGAAGAGCUCUGCGGACGACGUGGACAUCGAGCUGGUCAAGGCGGUGGCGCAGGCGUGGUACGCGCACUCGGGCAACCCGCGGCCGUCACGAGCGCCGGCGGACGACGACGACGGCGCCGGUAUGGGCGCGCGCCGCGCGGGCGCCCCGCGCUACAGGCCGUCGCGGUUCAAGCUGGAGGCCGCCGCGGCGGCGGCGGCGGCCAAGCCGCCGAACAGCAGGCCGUGGGACUUCACGCAGUCGCUGUGGGACACCUACGAGCUGGUCACCGUGGCGCAGAAGAUCGAGUCCAGCCUCGCGAUCGUGGACGAGGCCACGGCCAGGCCAGCAAGGCGUGCCUUCACCAACGAAGACGCCACGCGCGGCGGAGGAGGGAAGCGGGCGAGGGAGAGCAGGCGUAGCCUCAGGAGCCUGUUCCGCCGGUCCUCGUCCAGGAGGUUCGAGGAAUCAAGCAGCUAG